AUGCCCUGGGCGUGGGACUCGUUUUCAACCUACCAGCUUCAGCUAGAGGACCUACUGAGGCUAAUCCAAGCUUUCCAGGCCGUCAAUGGCUCCAACUGUGUCUGGAUUCCUCGCCAGUUAACUGAACUAGAAAGGGUGAAUAUUGAAGAUUUAAGAUGGGGGAUUAGCAACAGUGAUAAUGACUACGUUGUUGGCGGUGGCUUAGAAGGGAUACCAGCCGUGAGAACACUACAAUACUCCUGGGUAGGCAGUUUAUUAGAUUCGAUGUCGAUGGGCGACAGCAUAGUUAAAGAUGGAGGUCUACUAGGCAUCUCGAGUUCUUCCAGUAUUACCCAGAGCGAUCACGUUCCUCGCAUUGUUACCACACGUAAAUCAGCGCCUGAAGGUACAGUAGAACUCUACAAAAUAGAGGUUCCUGAGAAUACUCUGAGCCGGGAUGCAAACAAGGAAACGGAACCGGUAAGUAGGAUUGUAUGCGACAAGAACAAAUAA